AUGACCCUUCCCAGUUCUCGCCUUCACACACCUCGCCUCCACAUUCCUCGCCUCACCAUCUUAGGCUUUUCCUCGUCGACGACGUCCCUUUACACCCCACGCCCUCCACGAUCCUUACACCCCACGCCCUCCACGUCCCUUUUCUACGCCCUCCACGUCCUUUACAUCCCACGCCCCUUUACACCCCACGCCCUCCACGUCCCUUUACACCCCACGCCCUCAUACGCCCCUUUACAACCCACUUCCUCCACGUCCCUUUACAUCCCACGCCCUCUACGUCCCUUUACAUCCCACGCCCUCCACACCCCUUUACACCGCACUCUCCACGUCCCUUUACAUCUCACGCCCUCCACACCCCUUACAUCCCACGCCCUCCACACCCUUUUACAUCCCACGCCCUUACAUCCCACGCCCUUCACGCCCCUUUACAUCCCACGCCCUCCAAACCCCUUUACACCCACGCCCUUUACGUCCCUUUACACUCCACGCCCUUUACAUCCCACGCCCCUUUACAUCCCACGCCCUCCACGUCCCUUUUACAUCCCACGCCCUCCACGCCCUUUACAUCCCACGUUCCUUAUAUCCCACGCCCUCCACACCUUUACAUCCCACGCCCUCCACACCCUUUACAUCCCACGCCCCUUUACAUGCCACGCCCUUUCACGCCCCUUUACAUCCCACGCCCUCCACACCCCUUUACACCCCACGCCCUCCACGUCGCUUUACACCCCACGCCCUCCACACCCCUUUAUAUCCCACGCCCUCCACGUCUCUUUUGCACUCCACGCCAUUUUACAUCCCACGCCCUCCACACCCUUUACAUCCCACCCUUUACAUCCCACGCCCAUCCCACGCCCUCCACGUCGCUUUACACCCCACGCCCUCCACACCCCUUUAUAUCCCACGCCCUCCACGUCUUUGCACUCCACGCCGUUUACAUCCCACGCCCUCCACACCCCUUUUCAUCCCACGCCCUCUACGCCAUUUUACAUCCCAUGCCCCUUUACAUCCCACGCCCUUACGUCCCUUUACAUCCCACGCCUCCACACCCCAUUUACCCCACGUCCUCCACGUCGCUUUACACCCCAUGCCCUCCACACCCCUUUAUAUCCCACGCCCUCCACGUCUCUUUGCACCCACGCCCUUACAUCCCACGCCCCUUUACACCCCACGCCCUCCACGCCCCUUACAUCCCACGCCCUCCACGUCCCUUUACAUCCCACGUCCUCCGCGCCCUUACAUCCUACGCCCUCCACGUCCCUUUACACCCCACGCCCUCCACGCCCCUUUACAUCCCACACCCUCCACGUCCCUUUACACCCCACGCCCUCCACACCCCUUUACAUCCCACGCCCUCCACGCCCCUUUACAUCCUACGCCUCCACGUCCCUUUACACCCCACGCCCUCCACACCCCUUUACACCCCUCCCCACAUCCCUUACAUCUGACGCCCUCCACACCCCUUUACAUCCCACGCCCUCCACGCCCUUUACAUCCCACGCCCUCCACGCCCCUUUACAUCACACGCCCUCCACACCCCUUACACCCACGCCCUUUACGUCCCUUUACACUCCACGCCCUUUCACAUCCCACGCCCCCCCACAUCCCACGCCCUCCACGCCCCUUUACAUCGCACGCACUCCACACCCUUUACACCCACGCCCUUACGUCCCUUUACACUCCACGCCCUUGCAUCCCACGCCCUUUACAUCCCACGCCCGCCACGCCCUUUACAUCCCACGUUCCUUUACAUCCCACGCCCUCCACAUCCCUUUACAUCCCACGCCCUCCACGCCAUUUUGCAUCCCACACCCCUUUUCAUCCCACGCCCUCCACGCUCUUACAUCCCACGCCCCUUUACAUCCCACGCCCCUUACAUCCCACGCCCUUUCACGCCCUUUACAUCCCACGCCCUCCACACUUUAUGUCCCACGCCCUCCACGUCUCUUUGCACUCCACGCCUUUUACAUCCCACGCCCUUCACACCCCUUUGCAUCCCACGCCCUCCACGCCCUUUUACAUCCCACGCCCCUUUCCAUCCCACGCCCUUCACGCCCCUUUAUAUCCCACGCCCUUCACGCCCCUUUACACCCGUGCCCUCCACGUCCCUUUACACUACGCCCUCCAGGUCCCUUUAUACCCCACGCCCUCCACACCCCUUUACAUCCCAUGCCCUCCACGCCCCUUUACAUCCUACGCCCUCCACGUCCCUUUACACCCCACGCCUUCCACGUCCCUUUACACCCCACGCCCUCCACACAUCAGGCCUCCACGGCCCACGCCUCUCCACACCCCGCGCUCCAGCACACAGCAGGGGCACUGUAG